ACAGUCCACACCUAAAAGCUCACUCCUUUAUUCUCUCUUUCUUUCUUUCUCUCUCUCUCUCUCUAGCGUUCAUAUCUUCAUCGUCGGUGAUAUCGCCGGAAAUGAAUUUUCCGGCCAUCGGUUUUUGUUAUGGAUUGUCGAUGUGAUGACGUCAUGAUGUCGUGUUGCCGUCGGAAAAUGGGCGAGUUUUUAGCCUUCUCCGUGUUUGUUGAAACUUUAAGCAUAACACAAAAAGACUUUUCGCUUAGCUGAGUUUACUAGUUAUUCCAUGCUACAAGCCUAUUUUUCUACUCCAUAAAUUGAUUUUCUAAUAUAUAAAAAGGUAUUCGGUUUUUGCUCAAUCGAUUUAGCUUUUGAUUGAAGACUGAGAAUUUGAAUUUUUAGUACUAGAAGUUGUGGUUAUAUCCCAUUUCCGAUGAAAAUUCAACCAGUUGACUUCAGUACUAUCGAAGAACCGACUAAAUAUGACUCAUUUAAGUCGGUUCCAAAGUCACGGUUCAAGCGAUUAUUUGAGAGGCAAUUUUCAGGACUUUUGAGAUCAUCGGCGCCGGAGAAGCUGGUUACAGGUGAGGAUUUCGCUGGCAAUAAGAAGGAUGCUGCGUCCGAUGAAUUCGAACCGAGCUCCAUUUGCUUGGCGAAAAUGGUGCAGAUUUUCAUUGAAGAAGGCGAGGAUAAACAUCGGUGCAAUCGGAAAUGCAAUUGCUUUAAUCGAAAUGGAAGUGAGAGCUCAGAGGAGGAGACCGAAUCAUUCAAUUGCAAUUGUUUCGGUGAAUCGAAUCAAAAUUGCUCUACCGAUGCUUGUGAAAUCCUUAAGAGUUUGGUGUCAUGUCCUUCGAUCAUUGAAAGGAACGUCUUAGCGGACAUUACAAAGAUCAUUGAGAAAAAUAGAAUGAUUAAGCGAAAGGACAAUAUCACCCGAAAGAUGGUUGUUGAUGGCCUCUUCGUUCUGGGAUAUGAUGUUUCAAUCUGCGAGUCUCACUGGGAGAGAACUCCUUCAACUCCUGCUGAAGUUGGAAUCUUUUCUACAGGAAGUUAUGAAUAUAUUGAUGUGGUGAUUGAAGGAGAACGACUUCUAAUCGACAUUGAUUUCAGAUCAGAAUUUGAAAUAGCAAGGUCGACUAGGUCAUACAAGGCACUUCUGCAAGUCCUGCCUAACAUUUUUGUAGGGAAAGCAGAUCGCCUUCAGAAGAUUGUUCAUUUGCAAACAGAGGCUGCAAAGCAGAGCUUGAAGAAGAAAGGAAUGCCUUGUCCUCCAUGGCGUAAAGCUGAAUAUGUGAAAGCUAAAUGGUUGUCGGCCUACACCCGUAUGACACCAGUUCUAAUGCCAAUAAUGACAAACUUUGCUGCUGAAACUGGCACUGCUUCUAAAACCAAACAUGAAGCUCUGAAGGAUGAAACUUCAGAGGAUUCUUGUGGGGCGCUGAUGCCUCUGGUUUUUGGAGAGAGCAGCCCUUUGCCAGAGGAUAACGCGGUGAAGGAUGUGAUGGUGCAGCAAGGCGAACCACUGGAUAUUAAACACAAGGAUUCAAGCAAAUGUGCCAGGAAGAUAACUGGUUUAACUUCUCUGAUUGAAGACCUCACAUAAAAUUUUGACCUGUUCCCUAACCUUUUUUGUCUUUCGUUGCGUCUAUAUGUUUCGAGCUGAAAACCCCUGUGUGUUUUAGUAUUUAGGGGUUUAGUUUUUCGGGCUUAUUUGAAACAACGGACAAACUCCCUACCGGUUUGUCUCGGCAGUCUCCCUUCGCAUUUUAUAGUAAGGGUCUAUGAGUCCAUGCCACCACUAAUACAACUUAGAUAGUCGAGAGAGUAAUAAAGGAGAACUGUGAUCGUCUCAUCAGUUCGGUUCUUGGGUAUUUUUCAACAGAGUGUUUUGCACAAGCGUUCAUCUUAGCAGAUGCUUGUUGGCUUGUAGUAGCAUUUUACUGAUAUAAUGGCAAUGAAGUUCGGAGCUAUUGUAGUA